GGACCCUCUUCUUGAGCAUUCCCCCUCCACUUCUCUCAAACACACACAGCAUCCUUCCGUUGACACCAUGUGCACCAAAGUGCUGCUGCUGCUCCUCGCCUGCUGUGUUUGGUCAGCAGAGUCCCAGGGCGCUGGAAGGAGACAAAACAGCUGGGCUGAACCCAUCGAAUUCAGCACCAAGAGUAAGGACUCGUGCACCAUGGUCGUCACCGGUCACGGGGAACACACCAGGCUGAGGCUGUCGUGCCAAAGCAGCAAGCGCUCCUACUGGUGCGAAUACCUGGGCAAGCCCAACACCUGCCGCUCCUACAGCAAGAACCCGCGUCACUACUUCCUCCAGAUGAUGUGGGACUUCAGGAAGCUCCAGAACGCCUGCCUGGCGCCGAAGCAGAUCAAGCCUCAAAUGUGUCGUCGGGCGACCGACGAGUCCCAGAUGGUUUUCUCGUCCGCUUCCUUCUCCAGGCAAUGGCCGGAGGCUUCUACCAGGACAGGAGGAGCGAGACCGGCGCAGCCUUCGAGAUCUCAACCUCGACCUACAAGGCCUGUGUCGACGAGGCACCCUGCUAUUCCGAAAUUUCCAACAAGAGUGCAGACCCAGCGGAGACCCGUCCCACAACCGACUGCACCUACAGUGGAGAGCAAUCCGAAGAGGAUCGCUCGGCUGUACUGCUGGAGGUCACUUCACGGCGUCUGCGCCUACGUCAUUGGUCUGUUUCGUAAUUAACAAUGAAGAUUUUACAAUUCUGAUGAAGAUAACUUCUGAUGUCUGAGUAAAGCGGCUCCUUGGAGGGGAAAUACAAGACCGAGAAGAUGUUUGAUCAUCCACAGUAGAACAGGAGCGCUCUCUACAGGCAGAGGAAUGGUACUGCUGUGACGUCCUAAUAAAACCUCUCUCACUGAAACUUUAAAUGCAUUAUUUUCCACAGAGAACCCGGGCUGCUCGGAUGUAUUUUUUUGUCUCAAAAACAUGUCAAAAAGAAAUAUUAUGCAUAAUGCUUCACACAGCAAGGUAUGACACAUGUAUGACAUUAUACUUCUUUAACUUGUGAGAACGUUUCUGCAGCUGCACAAACCUUCAAAACAAAAUCUAAGACAGGACGUUCAUGUAUUUAUAUGUUUAUAUUACCUGAAUCAUUAUAUUUUCUGAGUAUUACAUUGUUGAUUGUUUUAUUCUGAAAAACACAAACGUUUUCUGUACCGAUGUAUUUGACUGAAUGAUAUUAAGAAUGUGAAAUUUCAUUAAAUGAAUAAAUGUUAUUCUCUAUUAUCUGGUGUUGAUCGGAUGUAUAUUUGUGCUCCACCUUGAAAACAAUCAACCAGAAAAAACUGAAAAAUUGUUCACUCUUAUAAUGUUCGAUAACAAAUGAGCUGUUAUAUUGAAAACGACUGCUGCGCCAUAUCAUUGUCUCAUAAAAAUCAUCAUUAUAGUCAGCCUGAAUCUGAAAAUCAGCUGCAAUACCAAGUUCAGCCUGUAGGUGUCACUGCUGCUUAAAUUAAACACACCUCAAAAUUCAGUCUUCAGGGAAAUCUCUCCUGUGCAACAUAUUUCAAGAAGUCAUUUAAUCUGUUGGCACGCUGUACCAACAGAUGGUUCAGUGGAUGUUUUAAAAGAGUCAGAGUUUUUUUGUACGUGUUUUACAAAUACCCUAAAAAAUAAAAAGUUAUCUCAAAGCAGGUAGUGCUUCGUAAAGUGUUGCUGCACAGUCUGCUAGAACUGAUUACUUUAAGUCCUGAUAUGUCAACAUGAAUCUGUUCAAAAACAGAAAUGCUUUAAGUCUUUGCCCUUUGCGUCUUUUAAAUUAGGUUUGACUUUAAAGUUGGUCUGUUGGCAGGUCGGGGGUGACUUUGAGCAAGGCACCGAACCCCCAACAACUCUGGUGCGCUCCCUGUGUGUUAGUGUGUAGCAGCCCUACUCGGACAUCUCUCCACUAAAGCAUGUCCACAGGUCCUGUCUGUGCAUGUGUGUGUUUCAGGCGUAUGUGUGUGAGAAACAUGUCGCUCAAUAACAGAGGGUAAAACCAGAAGUUCCCCCAGGGAUUAAUUAAGUAUGUAAAAU